AUGUCCAACGAGGUACAAAAUGGAGGUCAAGAUUCGUAUUAUCCUACGCAUACUGGCGAAGGGGACGCCUCGCAGCCCAUGACGCUGGAUUCUUUGCAAGAUCCGCCUCCUGGAACUAAACCGCGGUACCCAUAUAGUACUUUGAUUCGUCAUCCCGCUCAUGUGCUGCUCGUCGUUGAACCAGAUAUGCGAUCAAAGGAUCUCCAAAUGGUCGCCUACUGCUUGAAGAAAUCUAUUAUGCGCUUGAGAAUCGGUGAGCACCCAUCCACAAAUCACACUGUUGGGAGCAUGAGCGAGACUGGACUGAUGUUCGCGCGUGGCAGGUUUCCGUAUUUCAGAACGGCACCGUCGGGGUGGAAAAACUCUGUUCGGCACAAUCUCUCGCUCAACCCAUCCUUCAUCAAGGUACCCCGCCCGCUGACCGACCGUGGCAAGGGGAGUUUUUGGGCACUCGAUGAAUCGGUGGACCCCAGAACUGGUGUGCACCGAGUUCGCAAGAGACGUGGAGGAGCAGAACGUGGUGUCGAUGCUGGAUCUUCUCAUGCGGCCGGGCACGUAGAGCACUACUCUCCCUAUCCGAUGCAUCCUGGGCUUAUUCAUCCAGCGUAUGAUGUUGACCCCGCCGACCCAAGCGUACUCGCGACAAACAAGACUUAUUAUCGGGAGCAAUGGUUCGAGGAUGUCAGACGCCUGGAAGAGUACGUGAAGGAAAUGGAAGAAAAGGGAAUCGCCGAUUACGAGUUUUGGAGGGCGAUGUACAUGCGGCUUUACAGGGCAUUCGCUCCGGAACCCAUGUAUGCACCUCAUGGGAUGCAUCCAGGAAUGGAUCCAUCGAUGCAAGAAGGUACACACGAGGGAGACCAUGGAGACGAGCUCGAGGAAGAAGAUGAGUGA